AUGUGGCGGCAACAAAUUUUUAAGAUACUAGUCCUGAUAUCUCUGUGUAUACAUACAUCGACACAGUUAAAAAAGCAGAAAACUUCUACUAUUACCGAUAUAGAAGACAUUAAAGAAUUUAAAAAGUUGUUGAGAACCAAAACAAAUGUAAUGGUUCUGUAUAUCAAUAAUGUAAAAGCUACACAGUCUGUUAUGGAUGUCUUUAAAGAAUCUGCUGGUAAUAUGAAGGGACAAGCAACUUUGGUAGCUAUUGAUUGCAUUAACAGUGAUGGCAAGAAGUUAUGUAAAAAGUUGAAAGUUCCAUCUGAUAAGUCCUAUAUACUCAAACAUUACAAGGAUGGGGAAUUCCAUAAGGAUUAUGAUCGUGGCAUUUCUGUAAGUGCUAUGGUGAAUUUUCUGAGAGAUCCAACAGGGGAUCUGCCUUGGGAAGAAGAUCCAAAUGCUACAGACAUCAUACAUCUUAUUGAUGCAGAGGCAUUAAACAAGUUCCUUAAAAAAGGCAUUGCUACAUACAAAAAGGCAAUGAUCAUGUUUUAUGCUCCAUGGUGUGGUUAUUGUAAAUCUCUGAAGCCUGAUUAUGUAGCUGCAGCAGCUGACUUAAAGGGUGAAGCAUUCCUAGCUGCAAUAGAUGUUUCUAAACCUGGUAACUCUAAGAUAAGACAGGUGUAUAACAUCACUGGUUUCCCAACUUUGUUGUUCUUUGAGAAAGGUCAAUAUCAAUUCCCUUAUAAUGGAGACAACAAACAUAAAGCAAUUGUAGAAUUCAUGAGGGACCCAACGUCACAGAUGGUUAAAAAGGAACCAGUUGAUGAAAGUUGGUCUACUGAUUCUGAUGUUAUACAUUUAACAGAGAGCACGUUUGACAGUGUCCUAUCUAAAGCUGAACACGCCCUCGUGGUCUUCUACGCACCUUGGUGUGGUCAUUGUAAGAGAAUUAAACCUGAAUUCGAGAAAGCUGCUACUAAGAUUAAAAACGAGAAGAUAAACGGUGUGCUUGCGGCUGUGGAUGCCACCCAGGAAUCCAGUUUAGCUUCUCGAUUCGGAGUCAAAGGUUAUCCCACAUUAAAAUACUUCAGUAAGGGGGAGUAUAAGUACGACGCAGGUCAUGCUCGCCAAGAGGAACAGAUUAUCGAAUUUAUUAAGUCUCCCCAGGAGCCGCCGCCGCCGCCGCCGCCCGAGGUCCCCUGGUCCGAGCAGGAGUCGUCCGUGCGCCACCUCGACACCGCGACCUUCAAGAACACGCUGCGGAAGAUCAAGCACGCGCUCGUCAUGUUCUACGCCCCAUGGUGCGGUCACUGCAAAAGUACAAAACCAGAGUUUGUGAAGGCCGCAGAUAAAUUUGCUGAUGAACUUAUAAUAGCGUUUGGUGCUGUUGACUGUACUGUACACAAAGAUGUGUGUGCCAACUAUGACGUCAAAGGCUAUCCCACCAUCAAGUACUUUAGUCACUUCGACAAAGUAGUGCAGGAUUAUACCGGAGGAAGAAAGGAAGCAGAUUUCGUAUCGUUUAUAAACAGUCAGUUGGAUAGACAACAGUUAUCACAAAAGGCUAAAAGCAAUCAGGAAGCUGGUUUUGGAACAAACGUGCAACUAGCUGACGAUAAUGACUUCACCGACAUCAUUGCUAAUGAUAAACCUACGUUUGUCAUGUUCUAUGCUACUUGGUGUGGCCAUUGUUCGACCGUGAAGCCAGCCUUCAGUCGACUAGCUACGUCUUUAAAGGAAGGGAAUGGCCAAGCUGUAGCCAUAGCUGUGGAUGCAGCCGAAAACCCAAAGGUCGCUGACCUUGCUUCCAUACAAACACUACCAACAUUCAAAAUAUACAAAGCCGGCCAAUAUCUAGCGACUUACGAAGGUGAUAGAUCAUUUGAAGACAUGAUGAAUUUCGUACAAUCACAUAUAAAAAUGAAGGAUGAAUUGUGA